GAAUACUAAAUAUAACAAGAAUCAGAGCCAUAGAUAAUAAGGUUAGUUUGUUUCAUAGACCUAAUAUCCAUGGAUAUUAGGUCUAUGGUUUGUUUUGUGUACCAAAUCUUCAAAAAACACAAACGCUUACAAAAUAUUUUCGUCGACACUGUUCACCAAAUUUUUUCUUCUCUUCAUACGUUAUCAUAGACUUAUGAUUGAAAAUGCUUUCGAAUAACAAGAUUUUAUGUAGGAUAUGUUUGCAAGAAGGAACAUCUACUUCUAUAAAUUCAAAUUUGGAUGAUUCAUCUGUUUCAUACUAUCAACUAAUCAAGUCUUACAUUUUUCCUGAGAUAUCAUCAGUGGAUCAUUAUCCUUGUAAUCUAUGUAUACGAUGUAUUGAAUCUCUUCAGAGUCUCCACAAUUUGAGAAUUACCUUAAUAAAAACAGAAGAGCAAUUAAAAGACGCGGAGAUCAUUUCACAGAAGAAUUGUGAUAUUCUUCAAACUAAAAUAGAUGAUGAGAAUUUAGUGAUACAAAAAUAUGAAAUUUCAAACAAGGAAAAAGUUUUCAGUUGUAGUUACUGUCACAAAAAAUUCAGAAGAAAUGAACAUUUAACAGUUCAUAAUAGAAUCCAUACAGGAGAACAACCUUUCAGUUGCAGUGAAUGUUCUAAAAAAUUUACUCAGAAAGCUGCACUUAUUCAACAUUUGAGAAUUCACUCAGGUGAAAGGCCAUUUAUGUGCUUUGUUUGUGGUAAAUCAUUCUCUCAGUCAAUAACAUUGUCAUAUCAUUUAAGAAUACACACUAAAGAAAAACCAUUUUCCUGUACUUUCUGUGGAAAGCAGUUCAUUCAAAAAGGUAGUCUUAAUGUACAUAUGAAAUUUCAUCGUAAUGUGAGAUCCUAUCAAUGUGAAAUGUGCAAAAAAAAGUUUUUCACAAAUUCCCACUUGAAAAUACAUGUUAAGAAACACUUUGGCAAGAAAGAUUAUAUUUGCACUAUCUGUGAUAAGAAGUUCUUGAGAAGUGACCAUUUGAAGCAGCAUUUUAUUUCUCAUAAAGGGGAAAAACCAUAUAAUUGUGAGCAAUGCUCUAAAACUUUCAGCCAAAAGAGUCACUUGAAUAGGCAUAUGAAAAUUCAUCAAUCCAUAAGUGUUUCAUGAAUAAACAUAUAUUUUAGGAAAAUGUGAAAAUAAUUAGAAAUUCUUGGAUUUUCAUUGAGCGUUAUAAACAAAAUACAGAAAAAUGUGUUUACUUGAAAUUGCCUCUAGUACUUGUAAUUUGGAAAUAUCUGUAUUCUUUUGAAAUAUAUGGUCUUAGAGCUUGUAAUUAUCUCAAUGUCAAGAAACAAAAAGCUGAUAGCAGCUCAGAAAAAUACUGAAUCUUUUCAAGCACUUCAACCCUUUAACAAAGGAUUCAAGAAUGAUGCUGUUAUUUUCAGAAAAUAAAAGUUACUGAACUAUC